UUGGGGAGUUGGAAGAUGAUGACACAUAUGAGAGCUAGAGUUGUCUUAGAAAACUAUUAUAAGGUAAAAUUUAUCUCGAGGACAGCCAGUCUGAAUAACCUGAGUUCUACUCAAGACGGUGCUGAUGAUGAAGUAGAAGUGAAGCGGCCCCCUUUCAAUGGCAUGGAGGAGAAGCGUUACAGAGCCAUCAUGGAUGAAAUCCAGGCUCUGAUGGAUGAAGUCCAGAGGCAGCGGGACGAAUUUCGAAAUGAACUGCGAGUCUUGGCCACAUGUCUGGACAACAACAGACAACACCAGGCUAGUGAUUCGACGAACGAAGACGAACUGGUCGACGCUUUGGGAGAAGGGGAGGAACAGAUGUCAGCAGCGCAGGAGACUUCAGCCGAGGUCAAGGAGAAGAAACCGGAGGACGAGGCUCAGGCUGAGAAACAGCAGGAGGACGAGAAGGAACUGAAGGAGGAGGAAAGUAAGGAGGACGACGGUAAGGAUGAAGGAGGGAGCAGGACUCCGUCGACCUCGGCUACCCCAGAACCCAGAGGACAGGAGAACGGGGACGAUGCCCCAGGCACGCCCAAGCAACUCACCUUGCGGGAGCAGUUCCGCAACUUCAGCAAAUUCGGGGACAUCAAGAGCGAUGGCAAGCUGCUGACCCUUUCCCAGUCGGACAAAUGGUUCAAGCAAGCCAAGGUCAUCGAUGGGAAGUCCCUCACCACCACAGACACGGCCAUCACCUUCAAUAAGCUCAAAUCUAAGAAGAUAACCUUUGUCGAAUUUGAGAAGUACCUCGACGAGAUCUCCAAGUCCAAAAAGAUGGACGUGAAAGACCUCAAGACGAAGUUACGAGACUGUGGCGCUCCAGGCACUUCCGGAACCACGAGUGUCGUCAAGAGCAGCGCAAUCGACCGCCUCACGGACACCAAGAAAUUCACGGGGUCCCACAAGCUGAGAUUUGAUUCCACAGGGCGCGGAAGGGGCAUCGCAGGCAGGAGAGACGUCAACGACGGCUCCGGCUACGUCACCGGCUACAAGAACAAGAACACCUACGACAAAACCCACUAGAGGUCGCUCCUCUCAGCGGAGAGAAAGAGAGACAGAGAGAGAGAGAGAGACAGCCCCGUUUCGCUAAGCUUAGUACUUUUACUGACACGUGGGUUACACGUGGGUGGGAGAGCGAAGCUCCCAUUCGAGGCGCUUCGAGGUCCCUUCUAGACGGCAUGCAAGAUGUUGUUACUUUUACACCUUAUCCUCCACGGGCUCUCCGGGUCGUUCUCACAAGGCUGAUGCUGAUGCUGAUGCGACUCGAACGUAAAGCAAGUCUCGAACUGUUCGAAACGGGUUCAGUGAACGCACCGAGCGAGAGACAACGGACGGACGGACAGACAGACAGACAGCAAAGCAGACCAAAUAGACUUGUAGUAGACCUUGACGUUGUGUGUAAAUGGUUUUGAUAUCUACAAGGAAGGGAUUCGGUGCGAAUCGAAAGGAAGCUGCUGUCUCUUCCCCCCACCACUGAAAACUCAUACACAAACAGACAACAAUAUUGCCUUUCCUUGUAAAUCUCGCUGGUUCAAAAUGAUUACUCUACAGGAUUCUGAAAUCUUUGCUGCCAGUACUUGGUAUUUUAGUGAUCAUUCAUUAUUCAAAUAUAUUUAUAUAUACUAUAUGUAGACGUUUCUUCAUGGUAACUAACAUUCCACAGGACAUCUGCAAAGAAGUGUCAUGAUCACACCAAUUGAGCUGCUAUCAUAUUUUGAUUUGUGACACUAGAGAACAUUUUGUACAGAAAUUUUGCCUCCCAUCAAGUUUUUUUUUUUUAUCCAGUAUUUUUUCACACAGGUAUUCAUUAUCAAUAUAACAUAUGUAUAUAUAUUUUUCUACGUUAUUUCUGGCGAUUUUUGAAUAUCUUCAAUAAGGUGAAAAUAUCGUUUCUGAAACUGAGAAAGACUCGCUAUAUACGUUUGGCUGCUAGUUCUGGUGAUUUGGUUCAAGCGCUUGUGACAAAUGUUUUUUUUUGGAAACUAUUUCAAACCAGAAAUGAAAAACAAGCACAGACAAACACUUACGGCGAAAUAUAAGUAUUCGCGAAUAGAAUCUUCAGCUUCUUGUUGCUGCAUCCAUAUUAGCCGGAGGCUUUCAAAGGUGAUAUUUUAUAUUACGUAAAACUAAAAAAAGAAGCUAGACUAAGCUCUUAGUGCUCUAUAGUAGAUGAACCAUUUCUUUCUUUUUAAAAAAAGGCCUUUCGCUCUGCCUUCUUCCCCUGCGAAGUUUUUUUUUAAAAGCGCUGUUUUUAAAUGUACAUGUUGUAGUACAUGUACAUUCUAAUGAACCAGAGAAAGACAUUAAUAACUGACUAAUUAUAUAAUGGAAAAACAAUAAUCAUGAAGCGGCCAGCAUCAAUCUCUAGAACAAAAUAGCCAAAUGUAAUCUUUACGCAGCUAAGUGAUUCUACUUAAUUAAUGAAGUAAUUACUCCUAAUUGUACAAACUAGCAAAGCACAUCUGUUAAGACUGAACAAUUAAUGCUAAUCAUUACCUCGAAAAGGUUACUCUCCCCAUACCCUGUCACGCUAGGAACCCUAAUUUCAAGCUUUGACCUUGAACCGGGUCACUUUGUACCUCGUACUUUGCCCUUGUAAUUGGUCAUUUUGUACUUCGUACUGUGACCUUGUAAUUGGUUAUUUUGUACUUUGUACCCUGACCUUGCAAAGGUCAUUUCGUACCUCGUACUGUGACCUGUAAUUGGUCAUUUUGUACUUCGUACUGUGACCUUGUAAUUGGUCAUUUUGUAUACCUUGUACCAUGAACUUGCAAGGGUCAUUUCGUACCUCGUACAUUGACCUUUUAAUUGGUCAUUUUUGUACAUCGUACUGUGACCUUGUAAUUGGUCAUUUCGUACCUUGUACCCUGACCUUGCAAGGGUCAUUUUGUACCUCGUAUUUUGACCUUUUAAUUGGUACCUCGUACCCUGACCUUGCAAAGGGUCAUUUCGUACCUGGAUUUCUGCAAAGACUGGAGGUACCAGUUGCUUUCUUCUCCUUCCUUGUUACAAAGGCGCACUCAUGAUUAGGCUUUUCAGGACGUAGAAUAACCUAAAUAAUAUAAUAAUAUUAAUAAUUUAAGAAGAGCAAUCUCGUGUUAGUUUUGAAGCCACGUAUAGCACUUGUUCGAGAUACAUUGGUCUCUCUUCAUGAAUGUAAAUGUGUGUGUAGUAGGCGUUGUUUCAUACCUAGGUCUAUUCGAAGUUUCAAAAAAUUCAAAUUUUAGUAGGGUUUUUUUAUAGAUAAUUUGAUUCAAUCCGUCAUUCUUCAAUAAAAAUAAGUUUGAUUUGGAGUAUCAUAGUACUACACGCGUCUAUAAUGCCUCGUGAACACCAUCAAAAUCAUAAACAAAGUAAUAGAUUUAAUAUAACCUUUCAACGCCCAGGAAAAGAUCAUUUUUCACACGUCAAAAUUCAUAAGUAAGACGUAAAUUCUCGGCCUUUCAGAAAAGUGCAAAAUUUACCCGUAGGAUAUACCAUAAUGAACUCAAAACAAAUUCCUUUUUCUUUUCAGUCUGCUGCAGACUGCGAAGAAGAUCUUUCCGUUAGAAUUUCUGCACCGCACCUGGAAAUCAAUCGAGUAUUGCAUAGGUACAUUUAUAUUUAAAACACAAAUGUUUGUGCCUUUGUAGUGGAGUCCCAAAGGGCCAGCAGUUGUAUACUUUCUCGUGCUGUCUUUGUGCUUAUUUCCCCUUUCUUGGAAGUCGUAUAAUUCCCACACCCGACCUACGUCGACGUCGCCCUUAACAGUUCUUUUGUCCUUCGUCUCCUUGAUGACACCCUGUACUAUUCGUUCCCGGUACCCGGUCCUUUUUUUUUUUUUUUUU